CCCAUAUGUUCUGUAGAUUAGCCAACUCCAGUCAGAAGGGGCUGAAACUCUGCCUAAUAAAUUCUUUGGAUGAAUAUGGAGAGAGGGGUGGGUGGUAGAGAAACCUUGUAUUUUAUUUGUGUUUCGCCUGCGUUUAGAAACUGUGGGAAGCAGGGAGAGGUUUAAGUGAGCCGGGAUCACUCAGCCCCGCCAUUAACUGAGCAGUUCUGGGGAUAGAGUCCACCAUGGCUGCAUGUUCAGAAACUGAAGGGUCUGUCUGAAGCUUUCCUGUGCUCGAGUUUGCUGACGUCGUGUGUGAACUUGCUGUCCACAAGGGCUUUUUGUUUGGAUCUAGCGGGGCAUGCUCUUCGCUGAACCGCCUGGGAAGGUGGACGGGGGCCUGCGAAGGGAGCUCUCUCUUCGCACCGCAGCUUCUGCCUGAGUGCGAGUUGGUUGCGGGUGGUGGUGGUGAGGGGGGGGGGUCGGCUUACUUUCGCCAUGUGCCUCCCACUCCCCACCAUGAAUACAGAGAUAUGGUGAAGAGCUAGAGCGCAAAAAAAGUUUUCUUUUAAUGGACGUGUAUCAGUCCUCCUUCGUACAAACUGAAGACCCGCAACUUGAACAAUCACUGGGAGAAGUUACAAGGAAGGAAGUGGAGAAGAAAAUUUUCGGCCGACUAUCAAAUUACAAUCUUCUUUUCCACCUCGCUAUCACUCGUUAAAGUGGGAGUCGAGAUCGCGUUCUUUAUUAUUACAGAUCAACUCGUUUGCAUUCCACUCCCCCCGCCCCCGACCCCAGUCUUUGUGUUUCUUGCUGAAUGUGACGGCAUUUAAGGAAAAGAUUCGUUCCUGGCCGAGCUGGGGAAGGAGGGGGGUGGGGGUUGUGGAAUGAUCAGAUCGCAGGCAGAGAGGAAUGGAAAUUGACGCGAUGACAUUCGCUGCGAGUUGGGAAGCGGGCACAUCUGCAGCAAGCGGACGCGGGCGAAGGAGCCGGCAGUCAGCUGGACGAAGCUUCACCGGAGAGGGACGAGACUUAUUGUACAAAGAGGCCCGCGCGGAGUGUGGGAAGAAAGGAUUUCUCUAACUUUGUAACUGCUGGUCCAAGAUGUCUACCGGGUGGGAGUCUUUUGUUAAGGCGGCUGCAGCCUGCUCGCUUCUCCUCUGGAUCUCCGUGCUGAGCACCGGCACCAACCACACGUCUCCGUACGACCGCUGCAAGAGGGUUUCGGACUGCGAGCCCUUGAGAUACAACACAUGCCUCGGCUCCACACUGCCUUACACACACACCUCGCUCGCCCUGGCCGAGGACUCGGCAACUCAAGAGGAGGCUCACGACAAGCUGGUCCUGUGGUCAGGGCUGCGGAAUGCUCCAGGCUGUUGGAUGGUGAUUCAGCAACUUCUAUGCGCGGUCUACAUGCCGAAGUGUGAAAAUGGCAAAGUGGAACUUCCAGGUCAGCGUAUGUGCCAGAUCACGAGAAGCCCCUGUGCCAUUGUGGAGCGGGAGAGAGGCUGGCCUGACUUUCUGAAGUGUUCGAUUGACCGCUUUCCUGAAGAUUGCCAGAAUGAAGUACAGAACAUAAAAUUUAACACGUCUGGCCGCUGUGAGGCUCCUCUGGUGCGCACAGAGAACCCAAAGAGCUGGUAUGAAGAUGUAGAAGGCUGUGGGAUCCAGUGUCAGAAUCCCCUCUUCACAAACAGCGAGCAUGAUGCCAUGCAUAUCUUCAUUGCCAUCUUUGGUUCUGUGACCAUUCUGUGUACGUUUUUCACACUGGCCACUUUUAUUGCUGACUGGAAGAAUUCUAAUCGUUAUCCUGCUGUCAUCUUGUUCUACAUCAAUACCUGCUUCUUCAUCGGAAGCAUUGGGUGGCUUGCGCAGUUCAUGGACGGGGCCAGGAAGGAAAUUGUCUGCAAGGCAGAUGGGACCAUGCGACUUGGAGAGCCAACGUCCAAUGAAACACUCUCUUGUGUUAUAAUUUUUGUGAUUGUCUAUUACUCGCUCAUGUCUGGAGUGAUCUGGUUUGUGAUGCUUACGUACGCCUGGCACAUGUCCUUCAAGGCUCUUGGCACCACCUAUCAGCCUCUGUCUGGCAAGACUUCCUACUUCCACCUUAUCACCUGGUCAAUCCCGUUUAUACUCACCGUUGCCAUCCUAGCACUGGCUCAGGUGGAUGGAGACUCUGUCAGUGGGAUCUGCUUUGUUGGAUAUAAGGAUUAUCACUUCCGGGCAGGAUUUGUCCUGGCUCCAAUUGGACUGGUUUUGCUGGUUGGCGGCUAUUUUCUUAUUAGAGGUGUCAUGACCUUGUUCUCAAUAAAGAGUAACCACCCUGGGCUCCUGAGUGAGAAAGCAGCCAGUAAAAUUAAUGAAACGAUGCUUCGUCUCGGUAUUUUUGGCUUCUUGGCAUUUGGCUUUGUCUUCAUCACAUUUGGCUGCCAUUUUUACGACUUCUUUAACCAGGCUGAUUGGGAGAGGAGUUUCCGUGAUUUUGUUCUGUGCGAAGCCAAUGUUUCCAUUGCUGAGCAAACCAACACGCCUAUCCCUGAAUGUAGCAUCAAGAAUCGCCCCAGUCUCCUGGUGGAAAAGAUAAACAUAUUUGCCAUGUUUGGGACAGGUAUCGCCAUGAGCACCUGGGUAUGGACCAAAGCUACAGUCUUGAUCUGGAAAAGGACAUGGCUAAGAAUUAUUGGCCGAAGUGAUGAUGAGCCAAAGCGAAUCAAGAAGAGCAAAAUGAUUGCCAAAGCCUUCUCAAAGCGAAAGGAAUUACUGAAAAACCCAGAUAAAGAACUGUCAUUCAGCAUGCAGACUGUCUCUCACGAAGGCCCUGUGGCUGGAAUCAACUUUGAUCUGAAUGAGCCAUCUGCUGAUCUUUCAUCUGCUUGGGCUCAACACAUAACCAAGAUGGUGGCCAGAAGGGGAGCCAUUUUACCUCAGGACAUUUCUGUCACUUCAGCAGAGACACCAGUUCCCCCAGAUGACAAUAAGAAGGACCUCUGGAUUAUUGAGGCUGAGAUUCUCCCAGAACUUCAGAAGAAAACUGGGAAGAAGAAAAAGAAGAAGAGGAGGAAGAAACGUGUUGGACCUCUUGGUUCUCCAGAGGAGCCACAAGACAUGGGCUACUGCACUGAAAGAGCAUCCAGUACCGUUCCACGCUUGCCCAAGUUGACUGGGCAAAGAAGCUUGGUUUCUAAAGUAGCAGAACCAGCUAAUGUGCAGGAUAUGUUACCAGGUGCUUUCAUAGAGUUUGGACUCAGCCCUGGAGACCAUGACGAGAGACAUUUCAGAGGAGCACAUAGUAGCUCUUCAGGGCACAGAGGGAAUCCACCGCUAAACUUGAUUGUAAAUCCCCUUUCAUUUGAGGACAAACUCCAGAGUGGCCUGGGAUUUUCUAAUGGAGAUCGAUUCAGGCCUCCACAGAGACCAUGCAAUCAUGUGGUCACCCGAUCCUCUGCCAAUGUGGAUCUCAGAGGACUCCCUGCAAUAAAUAUUCCCAGUGUGCCCACAUCCCAGGGGAGAAGGUCUGCUAUUGCACCUAUGCAUUCAAGAACAAAUUUGGUAGAUACGGAGUUAAUGGAUGCUGAUUCAGAUUUUUGAACCUUGGGUAUUUUGGAAUUAUCUAAGCAAUAACAACACAAGGAGCAGCACCAUCUGACUCCUACUGGGAAUUUCAGUGAAUGCCCAUGUCAUUUCAAAUACGUUUGUAGAAACCAGCGAAGGUACUUUACUGAGCAGUUAGAAGUAUGAAAAUCUGGUACUACAGGCAAAUUCAUUGCCUGAAUGAGAUCGUGGAAUCAGUAAGAAGUGGUUUAAUACCAUUCUCAAAGUAAUCAGAGUAACCCAGUAUAUGAUGAACUGAAAAGAGGCUCUUGACUUUAAUGCCCUAGUUUAUGGGCCACAUUGUUAAUAACUUUCCUAACAGGCCAGUAAGGUGAAGUUAUUCAAGACAUUUUCAGAGAGUCUCUGAUUCAUUCAGGAUUGGGAACGCAAGUAGCAUCCAUCUAUGGUUUUGUGUUCUGGUAGAUGAGGAUUGUUCACUGAUCUUGAUAAAAACUUAGUUAUGCUUUUACACUUUAUCUUCAAUUGCAUUUUGUAAAUAGAAAAUUCCAGAAUAAGAUUUGACCAUUCAUUCCAGCCUUUGUGAACUGGCUGCUUCCUAGAACAAUAUAAAGUAAAUCCUUUUGCUUGUCCGUACUGCUUUGAAUUCAUAUCCAAUUUCCUUCUUAGAUCCAAUGUCUCUCCUUUAGUUAUGCCCUUUAAUAAAGCGUUCCAGGCUCCAGUAAUUGUCUGUAUGAAGAAUUUUCAUUCUCGGAGAGUACUAAUUUAAACUUGAUGAUCCACUUCACUGCAUCCAGCUGAAUAAUGAGUAAAUUUCUUAUGGGGCUCUACCUUUAAAACUUCAUUGUAAAAUGUUUGCAGUGCCACUGAAUAGCACCGCCCAAUUUAACCAUUCACAUUUUUGUUUAGUGCUGAUGUGUCAUAUUUCACAAAGAUAUACUUUACUGUUUAUCACAUUUUGAACAUUUAAAAAUUAGGGACACCUUAAAAUCAUUUGUUAAAACUCAAUAUAAUGAAGCAAUUUUGAUCAGAUUUGAGUAAUGAUUAUUAGUGGGUUUAUCCAGGAAAGUAUCAGAUUUAAUUUCUCCAAAAGGAAGGAGGAAUGUUAGUUGAGGUGCCCAAAACUGCUUGGCAGCAGAGAUCUUUGAUGGCUAUGCAGUCUAAUAUACAUUAGAGCCAACAGUUGCUCCUUUAAAGCUUCCCUAGCAUUUAUAAUAUUGUCAUCUAUACUUCAUGUUUGUAGAUAGCAUAUAUGUUGGACUGUUCCUCAGAUACAUGCUUGUGGUAAUUAUUGUACCUGCUGGAUAGCAAAUGAAGGAUUCGUCUGUCUUAAUCCUGCUCAAACAGGUCACUGCCCCAGUGAACUUUUCAUCCUUUUUACUUUUAAUCCAUUACUUUUCUAGUUAACUGGCAAUCUUAACUUCUUAUAACUUCCAUGUUAUUCAAAACAACAUUGCUCUCAUUCUAUCCUGUUGCUAAUCCCACUUGUCUUUGAUGAUUAACUGUGAAUCACCAAGAAUUUUUAAAUGAAUCUCCCUGACGGGAGAUAUUUCAGAGGAACACAUCAUAGUAAGAAAUUUUUAACCAACAUGGUCAGUUUACUUGGCUCAGUAUGCCAUCACCUUCUGGUUGUGAUUUUUGUGCUAGUGAGUUGUCAGUAAUGAGGAGCAGACCUCUGAUUAUUCUCAUUGGACUGGAAGCUGGCAGAUGCAGAGGAUAAUCUCAUAAAGUCCUGCACUAAACACUUACUUGUGUACAUUUUCCUUACAGCUGCCUAUGACUUCCCAAUAAUAAUGGCAAUUUGUACCAGAAUGUAAUUCUGCUUCACAAUGCUCCUCCUGUUACCCGGCCUUACUCUGACUCCAGCGAGCUAUACUCACAAUCAGUGAGCUUGAAGGCAUGUUUGGUCCAAGAUCCAGAGGGUAGUAGAUGUUAACUAGUCCAUGGACAUUCUUGUGUCACACUGGAAGAGGUGGUACUCCAGAUGCCUAAUUGAAUGAGAACAUAUGCUGAUAUAUAUGAAUGUAUAAACUAUAGAGAAUACAUUACUCUGUAAUGGCUCUAUUUCACUAUUUCACCAUUCAGUAAAAAUGUGGUUAAUCUAUCUGUAACAUCUAUUCUGCAUUCCCACCUAACUCCUGUAACCCUAAACAUUUUUUCCAAUAUUGUACAAAUCAAAGUGCUGUCUCCAACUGAGUAGAUUUUGAAUGACUAUAAUCAGGAAUUGCUCUGUGCACUUUUGAUUGCAAAGAUUUCACUGCCUACCAUUCCAAUUUGCUGAAUUAGGGUGAGGGUUGGAGUUUUCCAAGCUUGGCUUGAAAAUGAGGAGCUAUGUGCUUCCUUGCAUGUUGCUGGGCAAGACGAUCUGUCCUUAGCAAAUCAGUCUUUGAUGAUACAGUUUCAAGUGAUAAGUUGGUCUGCUUGCCCACCAUCCCACUCUGAUAUUUAUAUACAUCCUGCAUUUUAAAAAUACAUUAUUUAUCUAUGUUACCUUCAAUUACUCAAAAAGGUAAAAUGUUAGUGGUUAUUGUUACUCAUGAAAUGUGAAGUGCACUUUAUCAGGAGCGAUUUUAUUAUUAUCUGAUAGACCAAAAUGGGUGAUAGCAGAUUUUCAGUUCUCACUUUUACUGCCUAAUCACUGCUGAUUUGCUAUCAUUCAUUGUACAUAAAUACAGGUAAAUCUACAUACCUUGUAUGUGUAUGCAUGUGUGAACCCACUUUUAAAUGGUCUAACAUAAUGAGAUCUUGGAAAUUCUGAUGCUCGCCUAACUCACUCUCUCUGCCAACUUGUAGCCUAUCUCUGUCAAAUAUUGAAGAAGAUAUUUUCUUAUAGAAAUGGUUAUUUUUCUAUCUUAUAUAGCCAUUUAAAACUUGUCAUCAACUGACACAGAGGUCAGUAGUGCAAAAAUGUCAUUUUUAUUACUUAAUUUCUUAGUUUGCAUUCCAUUCAUAAAAGGUUUUUCACCUGAUCAUUUUACAAUAAAAAAGACUUAAGCCAAUAAACUUUGUUUCAACUGGUUAUUUUCCAGUUUAUCCCCAGAUUCUAUGGAAGUUUGUUUAUUCCAGGCUGGCUCUUCUGAAGACAAGCCUACUUUGCUUUGAGGAUCUAUUGUUUGUAUGUACUUGAACCUGAGAAUGACAGUGUGCUACGGCAAGAAGCAUCAUGGUCAAAUCUUAUCCUCAUCCACCCAACUGAGUGCAUAGUAAUAAAGGCUGAGCACCCCUCAUUAGAAAAGCCAACGUGCGAAAACCUCUGAAAUCCGAUGCCAAAAGUAGAAAAUUCCACAAGGUUCUGGGAAGGUCUUUAUGUAUCACAUAUAGUUCUAAGACAAAGACUGCUUAAUGUGAAAAAGACGAAGGAACUGGUGGUGGAUCUGAGGAGGGCUAGGGCACUGGUGACCCCUGUUUCCAUCCAAGGGGUCAGUGUGGACAUAGUGGAGGAUUACAAAUACCUGGGGACAAUAAACUGGACUGGUCAAAGAACACUGAAGCUGUCUACAAGAAGGGUCAGAGCCAUCUCUAUUUCCUGAGGAGACUGAGGUCCUUUAACAUCUGCUGGACGAUGCUGAG